AUGGUGACCAAGUGCCCGGAGAGGCACCCUACUCCACCUCCGCACUCCCUUUCAACUCCAGCUGCUGUCAAAAUGAAGGCUCUUUCGGAGGCAGAACUAGAGUAUAACCCCCAGCAUGUGAGCAAGGCCAUCUAUGCCACCUUCACCCUGGUCAACCUGCCCCCUAAGAUGGCAGAAGCUGCAGGGGAGUUGGAGUGUGUUUCGAGCCUGGCAAUUCUGCUGGGCACAGAGCUGGAGAGUGUUGGCACCUUCACAGGUGCAGAACUUGAGGGCGGAGUCUGCCAGCAUCCCACCAUUUCCGGGAAGGAGGUUCCAUUGCUUCCAGCUAAUCUUUUGACCAUGGGAAAAGGAACAGGAUUGGUCCACACAGCUCCUGCCCAUGGGAUGGAGGACUACAGUGUGGCCUCACAAUUUGAACUAACAGUGGAGUGUAUGGUGGAUGAGGAAGGUAGGUUCAAUGAGCUAGCUGGGCCUGAGCUACAGAAUCAGUCUGUGAUGGGGGAGGGAAACUACACGGUGAUUUCCAUGCUGAAGGCGGUCCGUGCUCUAGUGAAGGAGGAGGAGUGUGUCCACAGCUAUCCAGACGACCGGGGGAGUAAACAGCCUGUAGUCAUCAGACCCACACAGUUAGUUGUACUCUUAGAAACUGAGAAUGACGGGCUGGCAAAGAUGUGUGUAAUGCCAGAGUCAGCGAGGGGCAGUCUGUUUGCCCAGCUGGACAGGAGACCGUCCUGGUGUAUCUCUCAACAGAGAAGCUGGGGUAUGCCCAUAACUGUUUUCUACCACAUAGAGACAGGAGAGCCUCUCAUGAACAAGGCUCCGGUGGUACAUGACUUUGUGGUCAGUGAGAAAGGAGAGAAGGUUUUAUGCAACUUAGUAGACCCAGAUACAGUCAUCCACGGUGAAGGACGCAGCGCAGUCGAGUAUGAGCUGACCAUAGAGAUUGAGCCUGGCCUACUGUUCGAACUCAGUCAGUCUCUUUUACACCCAGCUAACGGAGCUGAUGGUGUCAUCAUGGACCACCCUGAACAGCGCCCUGCCCAGAGACGUGCCCUUGCCGAUGCCCUCAUCAGCAAGGUCAACUUUCUCAUCAACCUGGAGGAUGGGGUUAUCCAUGAGGACAGUGCUUACCAAGUAGCGGCAGUGCCCACCUCUAUGGUCCGGUGCGCGAGGUGCCGCCGUUACACCUCAGUCUCCCCGGACUGCCCCUGCCAGAUCAUCCUCACCAGGGCGCAGUGA